AUGGGAGAAGGUAGCAGUGAAAAUGUAAGAGCGUCUUCUGUCAGGUGGGAAAUCCUUCGUCAAGCCCUUCUCCGUCGUCGUUCUUUGAUACGGAAUCCCGAUGAUCGAUUCCCUGGUGCCAUCAGCCGCAUUUCCAGAAAGACCACUCAUGGCUUCAACUUGAUCCCCAGGCAACUGAUGGAAGCUGGAAGUGAUCAAGAUUCGAACUUUAGAGAUUCUCGCAUAUGCUACAUUCUACCCAUUGUUGGAGCGCCCAGUCUUUUGCUCACUCAACGAGUGGAUCGUGUUGCUGACCUCGAAGACUUUAAGAUAUCCAAUAGAAACAAUGUUGACACAACUGGGCUUGUCUGCCAGUGGCCAUCAGAGGAUGUCCUUGCUCAUUUUUGCUUGUCCAAUCGAGACAUGUUCAAAUCUAAGAAAGUUAUUGAGCUUGGGGCAGGAUAUGGCCUAGCUGGUCUAGUUAUUGCAGCUAUUAGUGAUGCAUCUGAAGUUGUAAUCUCGGAUGGAAAUUCUCAAGUGGUUGAUUAUAUCCAGCGUAAUAUAGAGGCCAAUUCUGGAGCAUUUGGCGCCACAAAAGUUACCGCUGUGACAUUGCAUUGGGAUGAAGAAGCAGCAUCAAAUAUGUCCAAUGCCUUCGACGUCAUUGUUGCCAGUGACUGCACCUUUUUUAAGGACUUCCACAAAAGCCUCGCUACAACUGUCAGAAAUCUGUUAAGAAAUGACACGUCCUCUAAAGCCAUAUUCUUCAGCCCGAAAAGAGGUGACUCGUUAGACAAAUUUCUGCAGAAAGUUGAAGAAACUGGCUUGAAUUUCUCUGUAACAGAGAACUAUGACACUGAAGUCUGGAAACGUCAUCAUGUGUUUGUGAAUAGGGAUGACUCAUGGCCGAGUUAUGACAAAGAUCACUGCUACCCGUUACUGGUCACAAUUACAUUAUGA